GGAAUAUCAGGCGCCAUUAAAGCCAACGAAGAGAAAGACGAAGCAACAUGGCGGCUUUGGAAGCUGCUGCUAACAGGAGGGAGCUGUCAGUGUUGACAGAAAGACUGAACAUGGCGAAACCGGUGUCUGUGCUGCGCCUGCCCAAAGGACCCGACCCCAACAGCCGCGGGUUUGACCCCCGGUCGCCCCGCUUCGUCGCUCUCUGCCGUACAUCCAUUUCUUCUUCAGCGGCGUCGGAGGCAGACCCCGAGCAGCUGCAGAGAGAGCAGCAGGCGCGAUCUGUGCUGAGAGAGAAUUUCCUGCGGUGUCUAGUCUCCAUGACCAACAAGAAGGUUCAGUUUCACAUGCACGAAAAGGUGAAGGUGGAGGCCACGUUUGGAGCGUCGGACAUUGACGUGCUGAACUUUCAGGUGUCAGACCUGCAGACUCCCAUCGGUGUGCAAAAAGAAGCACUGAUCAGGUGUCAGGAUGUGAUUUCAGUCACUUUUGAUGUGUGAACGCUUUGGGAUGUUUACAUAGAAAAUGACAUUUGGGCACUUGGGAGUCGUGUUUGUUGGUGAAAGUGAACUCUGCUUCUACGCUUUGAGGUAGUUUAAGUUCUGCAGAAUGGUGUGAUUGUACAUCAGUGCUGUCAGCCCUGUUAGUGUAGUUUAUUCGAUCCCAACAUGAGACGCUGAUGGGCAGUACCGCUCCUGAAGCACAAGAGGGAGCCGUAUACUUUUGUUUCAAGAGAGAUGUCAAAAGCUGAUGAGUGCUUGUUUAAGUUUGUACCUGGACUGGAUGAUACUACUGAGAGAGCCGAGUGUUGACCAACGUAUUGAAAAUGUGACUAUGUUUUCCUGAUGCUUUCAGAAUUUUUCCCCCACGUGUACAUUCUAAGAAAUAACUGAGCACAUAGAGGCCUUUACGGUUUAUUUCUGUUAGUGAAUGAACUUUUUGAUGAUGCAGCUUUUAAGACCUGCAAAUUAAACGGUCAAACCAAAUUUCCCACAACAUCUAACUCAGCAUCAUAUUUUUUCAAAUGUCUCCCUUUUCUGCUGUACACCAUGAGCUUUUCUGUAGCUCAUGUCUUCUUUUGAGAGAUGCAAGAAGAGGUCAUUGCUGUACUUGUAGCCGAGUUCUGAAGUUACUUUUUGCCUCAUGUAUUCUUUAACUGAGACAAAUAAAAUAUUGCACUUUCAAAGUC